ACAGUAGACAAACACGCUUCACAAUGAGGUCUUUUUUAUAUACACUGCAGCGUUGGGGUCAAGUGUGUGGUGUAUCUAAUCCCGCACACCGCACAUGCAGUCAAAAGAUACUAGCAAAAUGGAAUCGUCUGUGGACUACGCUCUAUACUGUUUAUCUUGUUGGGUGAAGAAUGGAAACUGGCUGCUGGGAGGAUCGUGUCCUUGAUAUUCACUGAAUAACUGAUGCUGGAGAGCCUAUUAGGUUGUCUACCUUGUCAGUUACUCCUACUUCCGUCAUUUUAUUGCUCGCAGAAAAGCAUUUCUUCCAUGAAUCUACUUGCUCAUUUGCAUUCGUGUCUUUGUUUUCGCUUGACACGGUGCCGUGCACGGACCCCUCACAACCAAGCGGCGACAGCAUCGGAGGUACAGCAGCCCAUGGUGAGAGACACGUACCACUACCGCCGAAGCACGCUUGUCUACUUGACCAUCAGGUACCACUCCUCCUUUCAUUUCCUUUGGUGCUGUAUGUUUUGUUAUGCCAUAGUAGGCAACCCACAAGUUGAUACGCAACCCGUUAUCUGGGCCAAUGAAAAUUCACGGGGAUUUGAAGUCCCGAACGAGAAAAAAUGUCUAUAUAAAGCGAGCAAUUUCGCCUUUCUUUUUUCAGUUCGUUUUGGUACAGCUUUGGUCUGUAGUACAGAUGCACUGCUCUGUGCCAUGAUCGGGUCAUUGCUUGUGCUGGCUAUUGUCAUAAUUCUUCUGAUGAUCGGCAGAUUCAGUGGUCCGCUCUGAAGAAAAUUUGCAAUAUAUACCAGUGGGAAUGUGGUCAUAUACUCCGGCAGCCGAUCGUGAACCUUCGGGUGCAUGUGAUGCCAACGGUAUAUGUUGGGAUAAUUGAAACGAACUUUUUUUUUAUUAUUUAUUACACACAAAUAAGAAAAUGAUA